GCGAGUCCUUGGGGCUGAGGUUCUACUGCUGGCAAAGAGAAAGGUGUGGUUGGCAUGGGGCAAUGCUUAAGGUACCAGAUGCACUGGGAGGACCUGGAAGAGUACCAGGCCCUGACCUUCCUGACCAGAAAUGAAAUUCUGUGUAUCCACGACACCUUCCUGAAGCUCUGCCCUCCUGGGAAGUACUACAAGGAGGCGACGCUCACCAUGGACCAGGUCAGCUCCCUGCCGGCUCUGCGGGUCAACCCUUUCAGAGACCGUAUCUGCAGGGUGUUCUCCCACAAAGGUGUGUUCUCCUUUGAAGAUGUGCUGGGCAUGGCAUCUGUGUUCAGCGAGCAGGCCUGCCCAAGCCUGAAGAUUGAGUACGCCUUUCGCAUCUAUGAUUUUAAUGAGAAUGGCUUCAUUGAUGAGGAGGACCUGCAGAGGAUCAUCCUGCGGCUGCUGAACAGUGAUGACAUGUCUGAGGACCUGCUGAUGGACCUCACGAACCACGUCCUGAGUGAGUCAGAUCUGGACAAUGACAACAUGCUGUCCUUCUCAGAGUUUGAACAUGCGAUGGCCAAGUCUCCGGAUUUCAUGAACUCCUUUCGGAUUCACUUCUGGGGAUGCUGAUGUAGCUGCAAAUACCUGACGUGGCAGCCUCGAGGGAGACCACUGGCAUCGAAGCCCCUCCAGCAGUGGAGGGAGCUGGUCUGAAAAACAGCUUCAGGGGUAGAUGCCGCAUCCAC